AUGACUGUCGUUAACGGAACAGGGCCCGGCAAACCGGUGCUUUUCUUUGAUAUUGACAAUUGUCUCUACUCACGAAGCACCAAAGUCCAGGACCUGAUGGCAGAACUGAUUGACAAGUACUUUGCUAAACACCUUGACCUUCCCUGGGAGGAAGCUGUCAGGCUUCACAAGGAGUACUACACUAGUUAUGGGCUGGCCAUUGAAGGCCUUGUCCGCCACCACCAGAUCAACCCUUUGGAAUAUAAUGCCGAGGUCGACGACGCCUUACCACUACAAGACAUUAUCAAACCUGACCCGGAGCUGCGGAAACUGUUGGAGGGUAUUGACAAAUCCAAGGUCAAGAUUUGGCUCUUUACCAAUGCCUACGUCACCCAUGCCAAGAGGGUUGUCCGCCUCCUUGGCAUUGAGGAUCUCUUUGAUGGUCUCACCUACUGUGACUACUCACAAAUGCCCCUGAUCUGCAAGCCGCACCCUGACAUGUACAAAAAGGGCAUGCGUGAAGCUGGUGUCAGCGACGUCAAAGACUGCUACUUUGUUGAUGAUUCGUAUUUAAACUGCACCAAAGCCAGAGAUUUCGGCUGGACUGCAGCGCAUUUGGUCGAAGAAGGUCUACCGGUACCUGAAAAGACAGCUUCGCAGUUCCAGAUUCGCCACCUAAGUGAACUGCGAGCCGUUUACCCGCAGUUCUUUAAACCGGUUUGA